CUCUUUAUAAUCAACUCUCCAACGCCUUUUUUUCCAAAACCCUAACCCUAAUCUCCCCAAAUUCAAGAAUUUCAACAAUCCUCUCCUGAUCAUGCUCUGAACAAGUAAUCGUUUUCCUGCCUCUUAUACUGGGUUCUUGGAGUGUGGGAUAUGGGUGCUCCCAAGCAAAAAUGGACAUCAGAGGAAGAGUCUGCACUUAAAGCUGGUGUGGUCAAGCAUGGGGCUGGCAAAUGGCGCACAAUAUUGAAAGACCCGGAAUUUAGCGGCAUCUUGUGUUUGCGAUCGAAUGUUGACCUCAAGGACAAGUGGAGAAACAUGAGUGUUGUUGCAAAUGGAUGGGGAUCCCGAGAGAAAGCUAGGAUUGCCUUCAAAAAGAGUCAACAUGCUCUUAAGCAUGAUGACAAUUCAAUGGACCAUGCUACAGGAGAAGAGGAUUUUGAUGAUGAAGUCGAAGCCAAGCCUCUUCCAAACUCCCCAGAAAGGUUGCAGAUCAGAGGUUCUCAGAAAUUAUCCUUAAAGCUCGAAAGUCUCAUAUUUGAAGCUAUAACUACUUUAAAGGAGCCUACAGGAUCUAACAAGAAAGCUAUUGCCCAAUAUAUUGAGGAUCAACACUACCCCCCUCCCCCAGAUUUGAAAAGGAGACUGUCUACAAAACUUAAGGCUUUGACUGCAUGUAGAAAGCUAAUUAAGGUUAAGCGCAAAUACAGGAUAGCACCUGGUCCGGCCUUAUUUGAAAGGAGGAACUCUGAGGGUAGAGUGAGAGGGCCUGUGAUAGCUGAGAAGGAUGAUUUCAAACCUCUAUUGAAAUCUCAAAUUGAUGCUGAAUUAGCAAGAAUGAGAACUAUGACAGCAGAAGAGGCCGCCGCUGCUGCUGCUCAAGCAGUUGCUGAAGCUGAGGCCGCCAUGGCAGAAGCCGAGGAAGCAGCAAAGGAGGCAGAGGCUGCAGAAGCUGAUGCACAAGAAGCACAAGCAUUUGCUGAGGCAGCAAUGCGCACUCUGAAGAACAGAAAUGCAUCGAGGCUGCAGUCCCUUCGUGUUUGACGAGCUCCUUCACCGUUCAGAUUUUGCAUUCAGACUUCCAGUAAAGUGCUGUUUUUGCAAGAUAUUGUAGAUAUCACUUGGUUGUUGUAUAGAUGUUGUGAUGCAUGACCAGUCAACUGAUGUUCUUUGCCUGACUUGUUUACUGCUCAGGCGGUUGUGUCGAUUGUACUGCUACUCACCAGGUUGAGGCAAGGAAUGUUCCCUAGUCUGUAUGAUCUACAGAAAACAAAACAAUUGAUAAUAAGACAUGUUCUGACGUUUUUCUGUAUUGUAAUGCAAAGACCAGAAGAAAAUUCUUUUGACUUUUGUAUAACUAAUCUCUGUUUUAUUUUUCUUUUCUUUAUCUUGAUCCAAUUUAAAUUGAAAUGGAGAAUUCAUUUGAUUACUCCAGAAGUAAAUAGAAUAGCCUGUUUUGACUUAAAUGUUUAUCAUCUUGGAUUGAUCUGUGUGCCAUGAAAUCAAAAUUCGGAACGUUGUCGGUGAAAUUACUAGUCUGUAAUUACUAUAUAUAUA